UAAUAUACACUUUUGCUGAAUACUUUGGCUGCAAGCGCUCCUGUAUACGUCGGGCCUCUGACAGACGCUGCCGCCGGUGUUCCUUCAUAUAGUCUCCCGUUGACGUAGGAUCACCGAGGAAGUACUUAUAUGGCCCGGAAAGCACUGGUCCUGUACUCCAUCUUCAUCUUUGGGAACGCGCCUCAUGCCAAGUACGCUGCUGACCCUCGCUCUCGCCGCUGCCUUGGCUGGACUAGUAUAUCUUCUGCGCGCCGCGCGCAGUACCCCGCGUAGUCGACUACCGCCGGGUCCGCCGACUGUCCCAAUCCUCGGCAAUCUGCUGCAAACGUCGAGCUCCCGUAUGCAUCUACGAUUCACCGAGUGGGCGAAGAAGUAUAACUCGGAUAUCAUCACUGUUAUGCUUGGACCCGCACCAGCGAUUGUUCUUUCGAGCGCCCGCGCGGUCAGGGAGGUUCUCGACAAGCAAAGCGGCAGUACCUCAGACCGCCCACCCCUCGACAUCAACAUGGUCGUCACCGGUGAUCUCGACAUUGUGCUAGCGCGGUAUACAGAGCGCUGGCGGCGUAUCCGAAAGGCGGAACACCUGCUGCUAUCGACAACCACGGUGCAGAAAUUUAUUCCUAUUCAGGAAGCGGAGUCAGCACAGUUACUGUAUGAGUUUUCAACAGCGCCAAAGGAGUUCUACCAUCACCUCGAGCGCUACGCCGCAUCCACGGUACUAUCCAUCACCUACGGCAAGCGCAGUGUGCGAUACGAGUCCUCCGUAGCGGAAGAGUUCACCAGGGACUUCAAUCGAUGGCUAACCCUGAUGGAACCGGGCAAUCACCCGCCCGUCGACAUCUUUCCGUUCCUGCAGAGACUGCCCGAAUUCAUGGCACCCUGGAAGACCGAGGCGCGCGAGGUAAGGCGGCUGCAGCGCGGUCUUUUCAUGCGGCUUCUCGAAGAAUGCGAGGAGCGUGUCACUACGGGUGGGAAUACGCCCUUUUACAUGGCCGACAUCAUCAGGAGCAAGGAAAGUCUCGGGCUCGACAGGGAGCAGUUAGCCUACCUUGGCGGUGACCUCUUCGGUGCCGGAACGGACACGACGGCGACUGCUCUGCAGAUGUUUGUCUGGUUGAUGGCGAAAUACCCAGAAGUGCAGAAGAAGGCGCAGCAAGAGAUCGAUCGCGUCGUCGAGCGUCUGCCAGGCCAGAAGGACGCCAGGAAUAUGCCAUAUCUGCAGGCCGUAAUCCAGGAGUUGCAUCGUCUACAUGUGCUGGCGCCAAUGGCGGCGCCGCACGCGGCAUCGGAGGAUGUUGAGUACGACGGCUACAUUAUCCCGAAGGGAGCUUUCAUCUUGCCGAAUAUCUAUGCGAUCUACCACGACGAGGAAGCUUUCGACGAGCCGGAGGCCUUCAAGCCCGAGCGUUAUCUCCUGACACCUCAUGGGACGAAGCCCGGAUACGAUGACAGCGCUUUUCGGGCGACGCUCAUGUUCGGUGGCGGACGGAGGAUCUGCCCAGGCAUGCACCUGGCUUCCAACACGGUUAUAAUCGCCGCGAUGCGUCUGCUGUGGGCAUUCUCGUUUGAGCCGGCGAGAGACGCGGCAGGCCGGGAAAUACCUCUCGACAUGUCGCGCUGGAAGACCGCUUUCGUUGAGGGACCUCUGCCUUUCGACUGCACUGUUCUACCGCGAAGUGUCGAGCGUACGAAAAUCGUCGGGCGAGCGUUCAAGGUCGACGCUACGCCGACACUGAAGACAUUUGAAUACGGACUGGACGAACGUGACGAGGCAUGGCUAGAUCAAAUACGACUAAGUGUGCAGACUUAGCGCGUAACGUGCACGUAGUCAGAGUCCGCGAAACAGUGUGAUAGCAAGACAUGGCAAACAAUAACCGUUGCUCGUAAUGAUAGUA